GGCGCGACCGGGCGAGGGUGAGAAUCUCGGGCAGAACGACCUUGCGGUGCCCUUGGUUUGACACUUACAUAUCGCGAAAGGAACAGUAAGCCCGCAAGAUUCUUCUGGGACGACAGUUCUUGUGACUUGUGCUCGCGGCUGAGUCUUGGGCGAAACACCAUCGCCGUCGCAACUAGUCCGCCUGGCGUAAAAGCGUUUUCAAGUUCGGACGAGGGAGAUUCCUUCCAGUCCACAACGGGCCGCAGUGGUGAGAAAGUGCGCGUGAAUGGUCCCUUCGCGACUUGCACGGAUCCUGGCCAUAAACAAAACUUUCAUUUUGUUACAUAAAUUUAUCGAGAAGUUCUAUUACGAGUUUUUCGUGGUCGUCUAUUAAUAAAAUCCCUGAAGUGUUUGAUUCCGUUGACGCUGGCGGCACCCGGCGCUGAAUCAAAUAAUUGUGCUCUGGUAUCCACCCGCGUCGAAUGUUGACAAAGGUUGCAGUUCGAAAGCCCUUUUAAGGAUGUUGCAGUGAGAAAGAUGUGCGAUAGCGCGACAGUGCUAAAAAUCAAAGUUCAUGUUUGUGCCGAUUCGUAAACUGCGAGGUCAGCAGACACAUCAGCAUCCUAAAGUGAAACGUUUGGCUGCACGGGCCAAGGAUACACAACGGCGUCAUCGAUUCACCCAGUGUGUUGUCGAGAAAGCAAAAAACAUUUCUACAAUGCGGGAAUACAUUUACUGACGCUAAUCACCUCGGAAUCAUCAAUUUAAUUUUUUUCAUUUUUUUUGUUGGUUAAAAAGAAACUCCAAAACACUGCUGAACCGAUAUCCAUUGCGUCGUUCGUAAGUGGAUUUUGUGUGGACGUAGAUGAACGGGCCUGGUGAUAUACCAACAACGAACGGUACUGUUCCCGAGCAACAUUGCGGCCCAUUAGGAUUCCUUCCAUCGUUCGGCAUGUCCUGCCGAGGACGCGCUGAAGCCUUCGCAAGACGGCUUCAAUCACGUUUGCGUACACUCGGAUCACAGGCAGGCGACGAUGAUUCACCUACGGCUGAUGAAGAACCCAUUAUCAAUAGUACAGAAAACACAUGGCUCUCGCAAGAUGGCCAUCAACAAGGCGUUACAAGCCUGCAGCCCUUGCGGCACAUGAGCCACGAAGCUGAUUCCUUUUUUGACUUUGACUGCGAACCCGAGAGCCCAGGUAGUCCUGCUGACGAGUGUGAAUACUCUCGUCUAAUUGAGACUGCCUCAGUAACACCUCAAAAUGAUGCCGCUCCAGAAUCAGGUUACAUUUGCGCUUCACCUAUAACUCCGGAAAAUGCAAGUCAGGCGAGCCAUAGCUCUUCAGACGGGCCAUUCUUUGAUCCGGAGGCAUCAGAAAAUGAAGAUCGGUCACUCCCGACAGAUUACUAUGACUGCGUCGAAUCGAAGAGAGACUCGGGAAUAAGUGUGGCUAUAAACGGACAUGAUGAAAGCGAAGGUCAAAAUCAUAAAGAAGAAUUUUUCCACAACGAUCAACUUCACACCAUACAAAAUGAUAGUAGCGAUAGUCUCUCGGAAUCGUUGCCGCCUUCUCAGGAUAGCACAUCGACAAAUGCAACAUCCACCACACAAUCGAGUUUCACAUUCACCGGCGCUAAUUCUUCAUCGAACAGCACUUUACAGGACAUCGUACUCGCGGAAUUGCAGGAACAAAGCGCAAAGCAAACUGUUAAGCUUCAAAAUGGGUACCCAGAAGAACACGCGAAUACUACCGAUGAAGGCCAAAACGAUCACACCGAGGCGGAGGCAAGUCUCAUGAAUGAAUUAAGUCAAGAACUGAAAAAGGAGGAAGAAACAACUCAAAUCGUAGAGGAACAAUCGAAUGUGCCAGAAAACACCCCCAAGGAGCGUGACACAGGCUUAAAGAUAGAUAUUGUGGAGGCGAAUAAUGCAUCUUUGACAGCAGAUUCUCAGGAAAAUGCACAGUUUGAAGGAGAAAAUUCAACGGAAAAACAAUCUGAAGGUCAGAAGCAAUUAUCAACUUGCGAUACUGACGAUGAUGACGACUGUAGACCCCAGCGAGUGAGACGCUGCUCUUCAUUAAAAACCGGCAAAACCCCGCCUGGCACUCCUGGCCGCAAGAAAAUCGUGCGCUUCGCCGACGUACUAGGGCUCGAUUUGGCUGACGUUAAAACGUUUCUCGAUGAAAUUCCCACGAUACCUAAAUCAGCAUAUGAGGAUCUUGAUGUAAUCGAUCCUAUCGAGCAACCCAUCCAACUUGGACCACGACUCGAAAAGAUUCUGAUGCCGCUCUUCCAACAACCCGGUGGUCUACCCAACUUUCUUGACAUGGUACGCGAAAUGCAAGUAUGUUUAGAAAAUGCGGCUGUGACUGAUACGAUUAAUUUAACGAUAACGGGCAGCGUACGUGUUCGAAAUUUGGACUUUCACAAAUCUGUUCAUAUACGCUACACCUUGGAUAAUUGGCGCAGUUUUGCAGAUUUGCAAGCUAACUAUGUGCAAAAUUCCUGUGAUGGUUUCUCGGAUAAGUUUUCGUUUGUGUUGUUUGGCAAUUCAAUGAGUAUUGGACAAAGGUUGCAGUUUGCAGUACGCUUCCAGUGCAAGGGGCAACAAUUCUGGGAUAGUAACCACGGUGCCAAUUACUGUUUCCAAUGUUUGCCGGUUACGUCAAAUGCAACACCACAUCGUCCGAUCAUCCCCCACCAUCACGCCAGCUCAAUCCUGAGUCCGGUCGACACUUGGUGCAGUGGAUCAUUCUACUAAGGUCGCGGAAACAAAGUCAGAAUCCUUGUGUUUUUAGUGAAAGAGAAGUGUUUGUAAAUAGAAUUUUUAGUCUACCCGAAUACAGACUGUUGAACGAAUUGCAGGCUACAACGUUUCCGAAAUUUUCGAAGAUAACACAUUUUUUUUUAUUAAAAGCACAGAGUCUACGUUGCGAGCAUUUGGCAAGCGACAUCUGACAAUGAGAAAUUGGAAAUAUCUUACAAACACUAUGACCUAGACCAGCAUAAUUUAGAAUCAAAGGAUCAAAUGCAUACCUCAGAUCACCCUGCUAUGAUUAAUCAUAUCUAUUGUUACCGUGACUGGAAGCCGAUUUUCGAUGACUGCUCCAACUAGGAGGCAGCGAAUGGCUACAGUCCGGAUGUGAUCCAAUUUAUUCAAACUAACUGUUAAUUAGGGCCAAGUCGAUGAGCGAAAAAGAAUGGCUAGCAAACUGGCCAUUAUACCUUGUUUAGUUUUAUGAUAUGUUCUCUCUUAUCAUUUUUUUAUUAAUUCAUAGAAACGUGCUUGUGAGAGUCUAGUUUUAAAGAAACCUUAGAAUAUGCACAUGUUAAGCAAGAAUAUCGACAAGUCGCCUUGUCACUAUCACACUUGAUUUCAGUUGUCUUUAUUUUUUUUUACAUUUACCAUUAUCUAGGUCUUAAGGCAUCUUCAAAUAUCAUAUAAUUGUAAAAGCAGUGAUGUUACAGUUUUUAAUGUUAAAUAUUUAUUACAAAUUGAUUUUAUGCGAAACGAUUGUUCCUAGGCAAGAGAAAAACUGUUGAAUCGUCAUUGAUUAUUAUUUCCUUUUUGUUUAUUCGUCUAAUUUAUGAUAAAAUGUAGAAAGGAGCGAAGAUGAUUGAUUCAAACGAUUGAUAAUCAUGUUUUGAUAGUGUUUUAUUAUGUUAUUAUGAUUAUUAUUAUGUUUGCCAUGUCAUGUAUUCAUUUUACACAUACACAGAUAAUUUAUAUAAACCAAAAGGAAAAUACAUCUAUUAUUGUUAUUUCA